CACGCUACGGGCGGUGCGCCGGCUUCUGUUUUCGUUUUUCUCUGUGCACGGUGUUAGCGACCUCGUUGUGUUAUGCGUGGCUGCUGUUGACCAAGUUGGCAAAACGCAGGUCACCGGUGCGACGACAUCAUUGGCGUGAGGGGCGUGCAAUUUCGGCACACCGGAAGGCCUCUGGUUGAGACCACCCACCAAUUUCCUCAACUACAGCCACCAUGGGUGUCGGUGAUGCUGAAGACAGCAGAGAUGGUGCCAGGAGGGGUAGCCAUGUGUCGAGGCAGCAUGCUAUAGUGUACCAGCCUACAGAUGCUCCGGCAUGCCCGCAGUGCCGCAUGCUGGAUGUGCCGUUCUUCGACACCGAUUGCCCUAACUGUCUCAACAUCCUGCACAGCGAGGACACCACUGUGCCAGAGAUCUUUGCCAUCCUUCGCCAGUGGGUGCCACGCACCCAGAAGGACAUCAAGACACUCUGUACCGAGGUUUUGAAGCGUGGGGCUCACGUCAACGAUCGUGACGGUCUGACGGACAUGACACUUCUGCACUAUGCCUGCAAGUCCGGGGCCACUGGUGUUGGUGAUCUGACGAGCUCGACGCAAACAGUGGGCAUACUUCUGGAUUAUGGUGCAGAUCCUACAUUGCGCUGUCGUUGGACAGACAUGGCCCCGCUUCAUUAUGCCGCAUACUUCGAUGUUCCUCCUGUAAUUGAAUUGCUGCUGAAGGCAACUAAGAGGUCGGACAUUGACAGCCCCUGCCAGGUGUUUGAUGGCGGCACGCCACUCCACGUAGCAGCGGCUACUCUCUGUCUGGGAGCUGCUCAGACCCUUGUGGACUGUGGUGCCAGUUUGACCAGUCUGGAUAGCUUAGGGAGGAUUCCCUUUGAAUGUGUUCCGGAGAUGAGGAAAGGUGAAGCACUUCCUAGCGAGGUCAGCACGGCAUGCAACAUGCGCGACCUGCUUCGCUGUUCGCUGCCCCCUGGAGUCCACAGCUCCGACGGCAGCGGGCAGCAACAGGAGGCAGCCCCUUCCCCAUCAACGGGGCGCGUCUUGCUGCAGUCACUGGGGCUCAAGAUUGGCGACAAAGUCACUGUGGGUGGCUCUAAGGUUGGCACCCUGCGCUAUUGUGGAACCAUCCAUUUUGCCACUGGUAUCUGGGCAGGCGUGGAGCUGUGUAACCCGCUCGGCAAGAAUGAUGGCUCCCUCGGUGGGGUCUCUUACUUCCAGUGCCCAAUGAAUCACGGGAUAUUCGCUCCAAUAACGAAGAUUCAGAAGUACGACGGCGGCACUCAAGUAGACACAGUAUCGUCACCUACAAAAGCAAGCCGGCCACCAAAGAGUAUUUCGUACCCGAAGGUGGAUGUGUCUCACGUUUCCUCAAAAAUUGAGACUGGUCUGUCAACACUCAGACAAAAGCAGCACCUUUAUGACCGCAAGAACAACAAGCUCUCCAUUGGAGAUUCUGUCGUCGUGGGGCAGAGAAAAGGCGUGGUGCGUUUUCUCGGCGAAACUCAAUUUGCUCCAGCACAAUCCGAGCAACCGUCACCCGAACGCACAGGGUACUGGUGUGGGAUUGAGCUGGCCAAGCCUGAAGGCAAGAACAACGGGUCCGUCAACGGGGUCACUUAUUUCACAUGCCCCCCGAACCAUGGUGUCUUUGCUCAACCUUUGAAGGUCAAAUGGAUACCUCCAGGAACAGAUGAGGAAGCAUCUGACCUGGACUCAUUGGUUGAUCUGAACACAUCCAUCAGCAGAAGCUCCACAGAUGGUGAUUCGGGUGGUAGCCCCGCAUCCCAGAGGUCAACUUCCACUGAUAAGAAACCACCCGCAAAGUCACAGCAUGCUAAAACAGUGCAGACCGUGCUCAAGAAGGGCUGCUGGCUGACAGUGGGGAUGAAUGUGUUUGUCUGCAAUGAGCUUGGCGUUAUCCGGUACAUCGGUCCAGUGCACUUUGAGGAAGGCACCUGGCUCGGUGUGGAACUGCGUGGGCCCACGGGUAGGAAUGAUGGCAGCGUCCAAGGGAGGCGCUAUUUCACGUGCAAGCCAAACCAUGGUCUCAUUGUCCGGCCCAACAAGGUCACGGUGCGGGGCAUCAAUAGCGCCAAGUUGUUUGAAGAGCAGCCACACUCUUGAGAAUGGCUUUUAGCUUACUUUGAGCACAUGGGCCAGUGCCACCCAAGAGUGGGUGGCUGUGAACUUCUACGGUCACAUCACCUUCAAUGUGGGGUCUUAAUUAUGAAUAUAAACCUGCUACACCCCUAAAAAACUUGCUAAAGGCUGUUACCAUUGAAGCACUGGCCAAAACCAACAUGCACUAUCUGGUUGAAACAUGCAGCCGUUAUUGAAGCAAAGUUCAGUCAAUAAUUGAAGCUCAAGAUCCUUUUGUUCAACUGCCUUUGAAAACACAGGCAGAAGAAACAAUGUAAACAUUUUUGAAUGAAUAUGUCAAUUCUUGUCAAGAAUGUCCUUGCUACUCAUGAGGUCAUCAUUUUGUCAUCAAAGACCUCGUGCACCCAUUAUAUGGUGCUGCAGUGUGAAAUGAAUUCAUGCUGUCCUGUUAGCAAAUUUCAAAGCUCAUACCCUAUGCAUUUUUGGAACUUGGAACUCUCUUCUAUUGUUAUAGGAACAAUGCUAAUUGCUGGCUGCCAUUGAAACAUACCUCUAUUUGACAUGGCAAAGCAACAUUGCUUUUGUUUCAUACUGUCUCUACUUAUUUAUGCUUAUUGCUAUUAGAGGAGCUGUCGUUUCUUGUUUCCUGUGCUAGUUGGCAGGCGUGGCUAGUUUAUAAGACAGGGAUAAAUAGUUACUUUCUUGGUACCUGGUUUCUCAUUUAUUAUGUUUCGAACAUUUUGCACUGGCCAGAGUACCUGAAUGGCUUGGCAUUUACAGAAUCUGCAUUUCUGUGGUGGAUGUGUAUAUCUAACCUAUAUUUCAUGAAUUCAAAGAGCCCAUGCAUAGUUGCUGUGUCAUGUUUAUUCUAGUGCAGAUUCUUUUAAUAUUUACUUUUGUCAUUUAUUUUUUGCACUCGUUUCCACUGUUGAAGUUGCACUUACUACUUUCUUUCAGUAAGAAUAUCAGAUGUCUUAUGUGAAGUAAACAAUUCUGGUUAUUGUCAUUAAAAAUAUUUGGUGCAAUUUCUUAAAUGCAAAUGGACGUUAAGAUCGUUAAACUAGUAUUGCAUUAUACAAAACCGUCUAUGCUUUAAAAUGAUUCAGCCAUAUAGUCAUUAAUAAAGAAAAAAAAUUGGUUUCAAGUACAA